AUGGAUAUACGCAGAGCAAGCAUGCAUGAUUAUUCUCUUUUCACUAGAACCACUGACAAUGACUUCACCACAAUAUUAGUCUACGUAGAUGAUCUCGUAUUAGCUGGGAACAAUUCGGGAGAAAUUGAACGCAUAAAAGGGUUGUUGGAUGAUGCCUUCAAGAUCAAGGAUCUUGAAAAAUUGAAGUACUUUAUUGGUAUGAAAGUAGCUCGAAACAAUUUCGGAAUUGCUUUACAUCAGCAGAAAUAUAUGCUUGACUUGCUCUCUAAGUUUGAUAUGAUUAAUGCAAAACUUGUUUCUACUCCCAUGGACUACUCUACCAAGCUGUCCAAGGAUUGUAUAGCCCUUUUCUCGGAUGUUUCCUUGUAUAGAAUACAGGUUGGACAUCUCUUGUACUUUAUUAAUACAAGACCUGACAUUAGCUUUAUUGUUGGCAAGCUAAGCCAGUGUCUUGACUGUCCCACAAUUACCCAUCAUCAAGCAGCACUUAGAGUUCUCAAGUACCUGAAGCUUGCUCUAGCCCAAAGUCUUUUCUUCCCAACUUCCUCUAAUUUGGUUUCAACUGUAUAUUCUGACUCUAAUUGGGCCGGUUGCCCUGAUACACAAAAAUCUGUGACUGGAACGUACUUCUUUUUGGGGACGGCGUUAGUUUCAUGGAAAAGCAAAAAGUAG